AUGAAACAAUUUAUUUUUAUUGCUUUACUUUUUAUUUUUCAAGGCAUAAAUUUUGCCUUUUCCGAAAUACAAACACUUGGAACUGAAUUUGUUUUUUCUUAUGCUAAUAUUGAUAGAAGAUAUGAAAAGGAUCAUUAUAAAUUUUUCAUUACAAAUGAUAAUAAUAUUUCAACUAUUGUUAAUUUACAAUGGUGGUCAAUUAAAAAAAAUGUUAUGAAAACUGCAUCAUUUUCACUUAAACCUUACGGUCAUGAUGAUUGGGAAUUUGAUAAAGAAGAUGUUCUUUUUACAAAAUAUUCUGGAUAUGGACAAAUAUCAGAAGUUCCUGAAAAUAGAAUUAUGAUUUCUUCUAGUUCACCAGUCAGAGUUGUUUCUCAAGUCUGGACAAAACAUCCAGAUUUUCAAGACUUAUAUUUAGUUCCAUGUACUAAAAGUUUGGGUAAAAAUUAUAUGAUACAAUUACCAGAACCAUCAGAAAAUGAAUUACAACUAGUUCAAUUUCUUCCACUUAAGCAAGAUACUAUAGUAAAUGUUACUCAUUAUGUCAAUGGAGUUUUCUUAACAAAAACUACAGCAGUAUUAAAAGCAAAUAUGGGAAAUGAUCAGCAAGUAAUGGUACGACAAUAUCACUCAACAUUAAUAAAUUCAUCUUUUCUUAUUGAAGCAUCACUUCCAAUAGCUGUUGUUGGAGCUGUAACAUGUGUGCCUACAAGUUCUGGUUGUGAUUAUACUGCAUAUAUGCCACAACAAUUAGCAUCAUGGAAUGGUGUAACAAUGAACAAGUAUAUGGAUGAUAAAUUUUUAUUAACAGAAAAUGCUAAAAAUGUUUUUAUUUAUCCUCCAAUAACACAAGAUACAAGUAUUUCUAUAUCAGCAAAUAAUGAAAAGUCAAAUGUUUUAACACAAAAUAUUUCAACACUUUACUCCUAUCAAUUUAAUCCAUCUGGGACAGCUGAAUAUCAAAUAACAACAAUGUCUUCAUCAUUAAGAGCAUCAAGGCAUCUUCUUAAUGGUGAUUAUAUAAUUGGUUCAAAUGGUGGUUCAUGUGUAACAAAUAUUUUAUCAUUAUCAAAUUUUAUAAGUGGAAGAACAUUUUUUGCUCCCUAUCGUCCAUCAUCAUUCAUUGAAAUUUAUACAAAAGAAACAAAUUUAAACAAUAUUUACCUUAAUAAUAUUCAAUUACUUAAUUUAAAAUCACAUGUUAGAGUGUUAUCAGUAACAAAAUAUACAUACGUUGCAGUAAUAAUUGAUCUUUCUCAAUUAAAUGCUGAAACUUAUCUAUUGUAUAGCAAUGAUAAAUAUAUUGCUUAUUACAUUGAUACUUGGGAAAAAAAGAUGGCUUGUUAUGAAUUAGCUUACAAUAAUUAA